UGCGUAGAUACAAAAUUCCAGACGGCGAAUGUUUUGAUGUUCUGUAACUAGUGUGAGGAUUUUAUGCUGCCGGAAAAUGAGAUUGAAAACUUCGUUACAGAAAGAAGCAAAGCAUUCAGAACUUGUUAGUUGUGUUGGAUGGACAACACCAGAUGAAUGUUACUCUGGAGCAGACGACCACCUUGUUUUGAAGUGGAAUCUGAAUUCAAAUGAAACAACAACAUUAGUCAAACUGCCAGAAGAUGUGUUCCCGACAGAUAUGCACUGGUUCCCGAAAUCAGCGGCAGGGGGAGGGGCUGGCAAAAAGGGAUCAGACCUGUUUGUGCUCACUUCUACUGAUGGAAAGUUCCAUUUGAUCAGCAGAUCUGGAAGAGUAGAGAAAAGCAUUGAUGCUCAUAAAGGAGCUGUUUUGUCUGGCCGUUGGAGUUGGGAUGGAACUGCCCUGGUUACAGCGGGUGAAGAUGGACAAGUAAAAAUCUGGUCUAGAAGUGGCAUGUUGAGGUCUACUCUAACACAGAACAGUAACACAGUGUAUGGUGUUGCAUGGGGACCAGACUCUGAUCAAGUUCUAUUUACCAAUGGGAGACAACUUGUCAUCAAGUCACUGCAGGCAAAUGCUAAACCCACAAUGUGGAAAGCCCAUGAAGGUGUCAUAUUAAAUGUUGACUGGAACCCUGUAAACAACCUCAUUUUGUCAGGAGGAGAAGAUUGUAGAUACAAGGUCUGGGACACAUACGGGCGCAUUAUGUACAGCAGUGCUGCCCAUGACUACCCAAUCACCUCAUUAGCCUGGACACCCAAUGGAGAACUAUUUGCUGUCGGCUCCUUCAACACACUUAGACUCUGUGAUCAGGCAGGGUGGUCCUACUCUCUGGAGAAACCAAACACUGGUAGCCUGUUCAAAUUGGCAUGGUCCAGUGAUGGAACACAGGUAGCAGGUGCUUGUGGCAAUGGACAGGUACUGAUAGCCAAUGUCAUUGAAAAGAGACUGGAAUGGAAAAAUUAUGAGGCAGUGGUUGUAAGCAGCAAACAAAUCCAUGUCAGAAAUGUGAUGAAUGAAGCUUUGGAAAAACUGGACUUCAGAGACCGGGUCAUCAAAGUCUCGCUGUGUUUCAAUCAUCUUGUGGUGGCCACAGCGUCACAGUGCUACAUUUACAACACAAAGAAUUGGAAUACUCCUAUGAUUUUUGAUUUGAAGGAAGGCAACAUAUCACUGAUUCUUCAAGCAGAGAAACACUUUAUGCUGGUGGACAGCUCCAAUGUGUACAUCUACUCCUAUGAUGGUCGGAUGGUCUGCUCUCCUAAGUAUCCGGGAAUGAGGGCAGAUAUAUUGAAUUAUCAAACAGUAUCUCUGAGUAAUGACACAGUAGCAAUUAGAGACAAAACAGACGAAAAAGUAAUUUACGUCUUUGAUGCACAAAAUGGAAAACCAUUGGGAGACGGAAAACCUAUUACACACAAAUUGGAGGUGAUGGAGAUCGCUCUGGACCAGUGUGGACCGGCAACAGAGAGGAGACUGGCCAUCAUUGACAAAAACAGAGACCUGUACCUGACCUCUGUCAGAGUGUUCGGCUCCGAGAGGAAGUCCAACAAGUUAGGAAACAUGAUACAGUCCCUGUGUUGGAAUGACUCGGCCAACAUGUUAGCUGCUCUAGCCGAUGGGAAAUUCACCGUGUGGUAUUACCCCAACACGAUCUACGUGGACAGAGACCUAGCCAGCCGCACUGUGUUUGAGAAGGAAGCAAGUGAAUUUGGUAAAAAUCCACAGUUAUUAAACUUCAUUGGAAACCACAUCAUCAUUCGUCGAGCAGAGGGUUCGCUAGUAGGCACAGGAAUCUCUCCAUACCCGGCCAUCUUACACAGCUAUGUACAAAGCUCUCGCUGGGAUGAUGCUGUACGGCUAUGUCGAUUUGUGAAGGAUGAUGUGUUGUGGUGUUGUUUGGCUGCCAUGUCUGCCUAUGCCAAGGAGUUAAAUACAGCAGAAAUAGCCUAUGCUUCUAUCAAAGAGGCUGAGAAGGUGCAGUUUAUAGUCAACAUUAAGGACAUUCCAGUGAAGGAGGCACGAAAUGCUGAGAUGGCCCUCCUGUGUGGGAGCCCCCAGGAUGCCGAGUCCAUCUUACUGACUGCUGGACUCAUCUUCAGGGCAAUCAUGCUCAACAUUCAACUCUACAACUGGGACAGGGCUUUGGAGUUAGCAGUAAAGCACAAAACCCAUGUAGACACAGUACUGGGAUACCGACAGAGAUACCUUGAGAGGUUUGACAAAAAGGAGAAAAACAAGCGGUUCUUACAGUACAGUGAAGGGAUUGAGAUUGACUGGGAGAAGAUUGAUGCUAAAAUAGAAAUGGAGUACCAAAAGGAGAGAGAACGCCCAGAAAGAACCCCCGCCCCCUCAGCGGCUAGCUCAGGCGAUAGACCAGAGAGGUCAGAAAGACCCAGGGGGCGGUCACAGAUCUCUGGCCACUGAGUGUGGGCAAGGUCUAGUAGAGACGACUGUGAUAGAUUUAUUUAUAUGUGGACAUUUGAAGGUUGAACAGGUUAAGUGUUGUUCAACUGUUUUAUGAGGAUCAUGGAACCACAGAUGUGCUGACUUUUACAUUAUUAUUCCGUCCAUUCCAGACAGCUCUUUGUUUUUAUUCCUUUGUGUGAAGGGAAAAUGAAAGUAAUAAAUAUUGAAUGAAUGGUACAUUUUGUUAAAUAUAUGCUUACAGCUCUCGGACUGUUUAAUCAAAGGAAACGCAUUAAACAAACGUGUUGAUGUAGUUCCUGAUCUGAUUUUAUAUUGGCAGUUCAAUGCUAAGCUGUGAAAACAUAAUGUUUCAGUUUAUAAUUAUAUAAAGUAGGGCAAGUUAAACAUGCAUGGGACACAUACCUUGGAUCGACAACUUUGGUUAUAAAAAUACAAAUAAAUGUGCAUGCGCUCAUGUG